GCCGAGGAAUAACCGAACACAAUGUCAAGAUUGGGCUGCAUUAGUGUGAACUGCUUCUUCUCUCACAGUCUUCGAUGUCCGAUUGAUGCAUUUAAAAUCACAUGAUAUCUAUCACCCUACUCCGUACAACUUUCAGAAUCAAAUGUUACGUUUGUGUAAUUGGUGAGAUCACGAAUUUAGGCAGAUUUAAAUCUCUGGUCCGUGAAGAAGUCAUCAUGAAUCGCCUUCUACAAUAUAUUACCCCGGCCAGCAAAUACGCUGUGUCUGCAAAAAUGAUGACCAUCACCUCUUCGCCAUUGCGUCAAAGCCUAGCUGCGGGACUAUAUAGUAGGUCUCCAAUGCUGCGAAGACGAUUUAUCUCAACUUCGGUUCUCUCUUCCCAGGUUGGGACAGUUCCCUCACGUUCUUUCAGCAAGUCAACUUUGUUGUUAUGUUCUCUCGCAUCUGCAGCUACGUCACUGUGUCUUGGAUAUGGUUACAUAUCGUAUCAAAAGAAUUCCGACCCAAAUCUCUUUGGUUCUCCUAUAAAGUAUGCAGAACCAGCUGUCAUGCUUCAGGUAAGCUUUUAGAGAAGAAAAGGUUUCACGUGAUCACCAUUGAAACUGAGAUGUCAAAACAGGCAAUUCAGGAAAUCGCCAUUGAACUAGGAGACGAAUCAAUUAGUUAUGAUGAAGAUGAGCUAUUGCGACAUUCUUACUCAGAAUGGUCAACUUCGAACUCGGAAAAUAGACCUGUAGCGGUUGUGUAUCCGAAAAACGCAGAUGAUGUUGUCAAGAUCGCAAAAAUCUGCUCCAAGUAUAAAGUGCCGAUGAGUAAGUUCUCGUGCAUGACCAAAUGGGUUCAAAGCUCAUAUGCUUUAAAUAGUACCAUUUGGAGCGGGAUCAAGUGUGGAGGGUCACAUUUCCACUCCCUGUUCGGGUUUGAGUAUCGACUUUCUGAAGAUGGAUAAAAUUGUUGAAUUUCAUCCGGAUGAGUAAGUGUUAAUCUAAGUUAACGUUGCAAAACGAUUCUAACUCUAGGAAGUAUGGAUAUUGUUGUCCAGCCAGCUGUCAAUUGGGUGAACCUUAAUGAGCAGAUCAAGGACACCGGACUUUUCCUCCCAUUGGACCCCAGCCCAACUGUAUGUUACUCAAAAGAAUGGAUGUACUAAGUUGUUGAAAUCAUAUUCUAAAUUUACUACUAGGCUCAUAUUGGAGGAAUGGUCUCAACGAAUUGCAGGUAUUCUCACUUACCAUUCACAUUUCCUGAGCGUUCUCACAUAUAUUAGUGGUACGAAUGCCAUGAGAUAUGGCACAAUGAAAGACUGGGUCAUCAAUUUGACCGUAGUUCUCGCUGAUGGUACAGUGAUAAAAACUCGAAGAAGGCCACGGUAUUUCUCCAGUCCUGAAUGGUACCCCCCGAAAACCGUUUGUUCUAAUCAAGUUGAAGAAAAACGUCCGCAGGAUACAAUUUGACUUCUCUUUUCGUCGGAGCUGAAGGGACUUUAGGUCUCAUUACUGAAAUCACUCUUAAGCUGGCUGUAGUUCCUGAUGCGACUAGUGCCGCAGUUGUCACAUUCCCUUCUGUUGCUGAUGCUGCAACAGCUGCGUCGAAGAUCAUCAGAACAGGAAUUCCUUUAGCGGCCAUGGAAAUUAUGGAUGAAGUGCAGAUGCAAGUCAUCAAUAAGAAUGGAGGUACUGGUGGAAGGAUGUGGGAAGAACGGCCGACAUUGUUUUUCAAGUAUUUUUCUAAAGUUCUCCUGUAAAUUUUGUACUGAUGGAAGACAGAUUUUCUGGAACUGAGCAAGCAAUAGAAGACCACAUUCACCGUGUUCAGGCUAUAGCAAAACAGUGGAAAGGCGGGGAGUUUGAAUUUGCACGAACAGAGAAAGAUAAAAUUGUUCUGUGGUCAGCAAGGAAAGAAGCUCUAUGGGCCAUGCUAGCACAGCGCCCGCCUGGUACCGAGAUUUGGAGUACAGAUUGUGCUGUACCAAUGUCAAGGUUAGCUGAAAUCAUAGGUAAUUAUCAUUCUGUCGAGGCUCAACUACCACACUAAUAUUUCUAUAGAUAUUUCGAAACAAGAAUCUGGAAAACUAGGUCUUUUUUCUACUGUGCUGGGCCAUGUAGGGGAUGGGAAUUUCCACCAAGCUGUAAUGUAUAACCCGAAAGAUCCGACAGAAACAGCUGCUGUCAAGAAAUGCGUCCAUGAUAUGCUCGACAGGGCUUUAGAAAUGGAAGGAACAAGCUCUGUUUGUAUUUUCACAUUGUUUUAAGUACGAUUCAUCACUAAUGUGUUUUAGGGGGAGCAUGGCAUAGGACUCGGGAAGAAGGUGAGUAGUAACGAUUGAAAUCUCAGCCAAUUUACAUCUCAGUAGCUGGCAUAGAGUAUCCAAUUUUCUAGUGUCGUUCGCCAACUAAGAAUUUUAGGAUUGCUUGAUGAAGGAGCUCGGUCUCGACACAAUUACUGUCAUGAAAAAGCUCAAGCAUUCUUUAGAUCCUAAGUAUUUUUCCAGACUACUUUUAGCAAGAAGGAAGCUAACCAACAAAACAGUUGGUUAUUGAAUCCAGGAAAGAUAUUCGAUGAACCAUGAGUCCCACAAAAUGAAGGGCGCAAUUGACUCUACGAAGACCGAAACACCCAUUUCACAUAGACAAUUUUUUUCAUGGCCCACCAUGAAGACGAUGUAAUCAUCAAAAUACUGAAAGCAUUACAUUACCUCCAUUCCAUUACAGUCCCUUACACAUCUACUUCGUCAAUCUAUUGCCGUAACAACCCUCCACAUAAA